GCGCUGCGACUUUGAUUGCCAUCCGGACAUCGCAAGUGCAGGAUACCAGAUGUAAUAACAACCAGAAGCGUGGUACUUUACCUACAUGAAAACUUACGUUACGUUGCUAUCUUUGUGGUACGAUUCAGAAAUGUGGAAACAAAACGCUUCAUUCGUGUUCAUGGUAAUCAAUUACGAGAUCCUUCGGAUGCCUCGUAGUUCGACGAUAACAAGACUCAGCUGUAUUCUACAAAACUUUUUGGAAGCGGAAUUUUGAAAAAAAAUAAGAUGGACGUUCGUCGUAAGAACCGUGGCUAUUUCAAAAUGGAUCCCGUAAUAGAAAUCGGAAGUCCAUUUAAGGGGAAGCGAGAAGCCAAUUUGAAGCCAGAGAAUAACAUACCGCAAAGUGGUGCCACGGGAGUUUUCAGACAGAAAUCAUUUGGGACAUGUGACCGCCAAUUAUCAGCGUUUUCGUCGUACGUACGAAACGCUUGCUCUAUAAACAAAACAGCCGGCAUUGGAAAUUUAUUCACACGCAAGAUGGCGACGAUAGCAAAUGCUCCAUGUCCGUGGUCUAAUAGUCAAGAAGACUAUGAAUUACGAGAUGUCAUCGGUGUUGGAGCAACGGCUGUUGUAUUUGCCGCCUAUUGUAAACCGAGAGGUGAGAAAUGUGCCAUCAAAAGGAUUAACUUAGAAAAAUGGAACACUUCAAUGGAUGAACUCUUGAAAGAAAUUCAAGCUAUGUCAAGCUGUAAUCAUACAAAUGUGGUUACAUACUACACAAGUUUUGUUGUGAAUGAUGAGCUCUGGUUGGUUUUGAAAUUAUUAGAAGGUGGUAGUCUUUUGGAUGUAAUAAAACAUAAGAUGAGAGUAUCAAACUGUAAGCAUGGGGUGUUCGAUGAGGCAACCAUAGCCACUGUCCUGAAGGAGGUGCUUAAAGGCUUGGAGUACUUUCAUAGCAACGGACAAAUACAUAGGGAUAUAAAAGCUGGUAAUAUUUUGCUCGGCGAGGACGGGACGGUACAAAUAGCAGAUUUCGGAGUGUCUGCCUGGCUGGCUACAGGCAGGGAUUUGUCCAGGCAGAAAGUUAGACAUACCUUUGUAGGCACGCCGUGUUGGAUGGCGCCUGAAGUCAUGGAACAGGACCACGGCUAUGAUUUCAAAGCGGACAUCUGGUCUUUUGGUAUAACGGCGAUAGAGAUGGCGACUGGGACCGCGCCAUACCACAAAUACCCACCGAUGAAAGUUUUAAUGCUGACCUUGCAGAAUGACCCACCGAAUUUAGAUACAGGUGCAGAUGAGAAAGAACAGUACAAAAUAUAUGGGAAAACAUUUAGGAAAAUGAUAAUAGAUUGUUUGCAAAAGGACCCUUCGAAAAGGCCGAGUGCAACGGAGCUAUUGAAGCACCCAUUUUUCAAAAAAGCCAAAGACAGGAAGUACCUUACCCAAACACUUGUUGCUAUUGGCCCCAGCAUGGAAACAAGAGUUCACAAGGCCAGUAAACGUCAACCGGGAGCGUCGGGUCGCCUCCACCGCACUGUGACCGGUGAAUGGGUGUGGAGUGAAGAGGAAGAUGAGGUUGAAGCGGCCGGUUCUGAUGAGGAGGCUCCAGAAAAACGACCGAUGAACGAAUUACAGCGGGCUGACUCUAGUGGCAGCGAAAAUGAAGAGGAUGCACUGGCGACCAAGGAGACUGCUCCGGCAGCAGUACCACCACCAGCAGUACCGCAACCAGCAGUACCACCACCAGCAGUAACACCACCAGCAGUAACACCACCAGCAGUAACACAACAGGCAGUACCACAGCCGGCAGCCACUCCUUCUGAACCUGUCGUGAUUAAUUUAGUUUUGAGGCUAAGAAACUCGCGAAAAGAACUCAACGAUAUACGUUUCGAGUUCAUAACAGGCAAGGACACGGCAGAGGGUAUAGCCGGAGAGUUAGUAGGCGCUGGUCUAGUGGACCCCCAGGACUCUGUGCCUAUCUCCACGAACCUUGCCAAGCUGCUGGUUUCCCAUGGACUUAAUCCACCCUCGAAGGCGGUCACUUUCCACCUGAACUCGACCGGACCCAACGAGCAGUUUGACGACAAAACCCUGAUAGGUUUCGCUCAGAUAUCAAUCGUCGACCAGUCGUAAUCUCACCACUGAAUAAUAUAUUAUUACUAUAGUAUAUUCCUAAUGUACUUUUUUCACUUAUGAAUGGUGCUAGCGAUGAAUAAAUGUAUGGGAUAAUAAAACGAAAAUGACUUAAUAUAACGGCCUAAAUUAUUAUUCGACGUUUUAAAAUACAUUUUGUAUGAAAUUCAAAGGGAAUGGUGAGACAAGCUCGCCGUUUCAGCGCAAGACGUCAAAUAAUAUGGCUUGCGUCAACAUUUUGAAUAUUACAACUCGGUGUUAUAUCUCAAGUGGAUAGCAAUAAAUGACGUUUGGAUGUAGCCUCAAGUUUUUGUAUGCCUUCAUUCAAGCAACUUCGUUUGGUAAAUCGUUUUUACAUGGAAUAGCUAAGACUGAAAUAAAUCUUUGGCCUUUUUAACUAAGUAACCGCGGCGAAUAUACCAACAAUGUCAAAAAAAAACAAAUAUUAAGUGGUUUUCGUUUUAAAACUGUGUUUUGUCUAAGUUAAUUUAAAAUUCGGCGCAAGUAACCGCUGGCCGAAACGCGCCGGACCAAAGAUCUUUAUUAAUUUAAAAAAUAUAUGACUAUAUAAUUCUCCUUUGAUAAUAAAAUUGUAUCUUUCACGAAUUGUUUAUAAUGUAUCUCUUAUGAUUUUUAUUUUUGUGUCUAUGGUUUGUUUUAAGGAUGUGAUGUUAAGGUAAUGAAAAUUUGACUGUGACUUCCAUUAUUUAUAAUAUGACAUAAUUGCACUUCACCAAACUACUAUUUGUAAGUUCAUUGACAUUAUUUAAUAAUUAAUAUAAAAUAUUUAAUAAAAACUGACAUAUCACUGACACUUUUGAAUGUAUCAAGAAUUAUUACAGCUUUUUCCUACUCUUAACUCACCUCCAAAAAAAACAAGCUAUUAGAAAAUAAUUAAAUGUAGUAUUUAGCUAUAAGGAUUUAGAGCUACUGCACAAUAGGCAUCGUGUUUUACGCGCAUUGGUAGCGUUUCCACCGGACGUUUAUCUCGUCGAUCAAAAAACCUUAUUUUUAUACUGGCCAGAAGUGAGACAAAACCAUUUAAAAGCGCGUAGGUUAGUAUAUACUAGAUCUUGGCGAUGCAUGUAUCGCAAAGCGCCCUAUUAACAAGUGUUUAACCGAAAUCUACGGAUAAAAGGGAGCAUUUCAGUGUGUAUGCGUUACUAAAUCAUCGGCUUUAAACCGCCUAAUGUGUACUAGCUCUAACAAUCAAUCUGCACAGAGAGCGUUGUUGCUGUUUUAGAAAUCGUAAAUUUAUCUACAGUAGAUGACUACUGUUUCAAAAGUGAUGGUAUUACUGAAAGUUAAACAUAAAUUUAUACGUGAACACUCAAAUGUUAACGUUCAUACGUCCACACGUAUGGUGUUAAACAAUUCGCUGUCGUCGUUUAAUGUCACAUAGCGUGGCAAGCCUCUAAACCGAACAAGGAAAGUUUUGUGUCUUCGCUUGUCAUAACUACGAAAGCCGUGACUCUGGUUUUAAAAAAAAAGCUACCUGUAGAUUGGUAGUUGAAUAAAAAUAGAGUAGUAAGCUGCCAAAAUCCAGUAUAUUGGAAGCCAAACCAAAUUGUUUGUCUGUGCAUCCAAUUUUUUUUAAAUAAGAAUGUCACAGCUCAAUAAAUCGAUUCUUUACCUCACGCUUCUAUGUACACACGUGCUUCUAAACGGGUUGUAUAGUUGUGUUUAAAAUAUUUUUGAAAUGCAGCGGAUUCGAGAAAGUUCGCGACUAAAAGCACGCUCUGUGUGCAAAUGCCCUAAUAUAUUUAUUGAAUUGAUUCAUAAUGUGUAUUUAAUAUUUUGCAUUAUUAAUUAACUAUUGUGAAAAAUAUGUUCCUUGUGGAAGUGAGUGUAUUUAAAGUAUCUUAUGCUUUUAAUAAUAUUUAGUUUGUAUCACAGUCAUUGUCGGUGCUUAAUGUAUGUUUAUGAACAAUGUAGAAUGUAUACCCUUUUUCGUUUCGUCAUUUACAUAAACAGGGGGGAAAAGUAGGAUCUGCUGUGGUAUUGAAAGAUGUUUUUUUGCUUGAAAUCUUGAGCUCAAUAUUUCGAAGCUGUUUUACAAAUAUAGCCAUAAUAUAAUAUUAUUAAAAUUAGCCGAGAAAAAAAAAAGAGUUGAAAUUUUACGAAUAUCGAAGCUCAUACAUUCAUUAUGCCAACUGGCUACCUAUGUUUGACGCUAAAGAAUUCUGUUCUUAUUCGUUGCCUUUGGGUACGAACGUCUUGAAGUUGCUAGGUAUAACACCGUGAAUAUUUCUUUUCAUAGUUAAAAUAAUAGACUAAAAUCAAAAAAUAAAUUAAUAGUAUAACGGUAUUAAGAAGCAUUCUAUUUCCAGGGCGAGCGGCGCGGUGCGGCGGUAGUUUUGAUUUAUUCAAUUGCGGUCGUUUAACGCAUCAGAAAUGAAAAUUUGAAUACUUAAUUUGAUCAGCCUCUUUGAAAUUUCUACAUGCAGAAAUUAAUGGUUAUUCUUUUUAACAGCGGUGGAGUAAACUUAACUUAUUUGGUAUAUAUUUUAGAGUUACAUUUAAAGAGGCUGACGAUGUUCUAUGAUAUAAAAAAUCACUGGAUAUUUCAUAUUGUUCAUGUAUUGAGUGAAACAGUUACCUUUUUCCACACAAUAUGCGAUAGCCGCGGUUCACCAAAUUAGAUAAGUUUCCUUUAUACAAGUAUUGACCCACUAUUUUACAUACCCCGACCCACUGCGUCGCAUUGCCUGCCCGCGUUGUUAUUUCAUUUUUAUCUCCUCUCAAAGCUCGUAGCCCAGCCUAUAACCCUUCUUUCCUCAAAAAUUGAGUGUACGUUCCAGAUAUCAGUGCGUUUCAAACUUGUUUACUAGAGUAGAUAAAUUCGCAAAUUGAGCAAUAAGAAUUAUUAAAAACUAAAUUUACUGUAAAUGUUUUAACUGUGCUAGUUUUAAAAAUUUAAUUUAUUGAAUUUAGACGCCGCCUAACGAAUUUGUCAUGAUUUUUAAUCGAAUUAUUUUUUAACGGUUUUCUGAAUUGUCUUUCGGUAUUAAAGAAAAUGGCUCAUUUCCCCUUACGUAAUAAAUCUCAACCGACUCUAUAUACACUUGACUUUUUCCACGACUCAUUUUAUGUACAACUAAGUACAUAUUAAAGAGAUUUAAAUAGAAAUUUUGUUAAAUUUUCUACACAAGUGAUAAAAAAAUAAAUAGUUUUAGGCAGUUAAAAAAGGAAUAGAAUUUUGAAUAUUGGCUCGAGGUGCACGAGAU